GCAGACGGAGCGGAGCGGCGGCGGCGGCGGCGCGGCGCUGGGCGCGGGGCGGCAUGGCCACCACCGCGCAGUACCUGCCGCGGGGCCCCGGCGGCGGAGCCGGGGGCACCGGGCCGCUCAUGCACCCGGACGCCGCGGCGGCGGCAGCGGCGGCGGCGGCCGCCGAGCGGCUGCACGCAGGGGCCGCGUACCGCGAAGUGCAGAAGCUGAUGCACCACGAGUGGCUGGGCGCGGGCGCGGGCCACCCAGUGGGCCUAGCGCACCCCCAGUGGCUGCCCACGGGAGGAGGCGGCGGCAGUGACUGGGCCGGCGGCCCGCACCUGGAACACGGCAAGGCGGGCGGCGGCGGCACCGGCCGAGCCGACGACGGCGGAGGAGGAGGUUUCCACGCACGCCUGGUGCACCAAGGGGCGGCCCACGCGGGCGCGGCAUGGGCGCAGGGCGGCACAGCGCACCACUUGGGCCCAGCGAUGUCGCCGUCGCCCGGGGCCGGCGGGGGCCACCAGCCCCAGCCGCUGGGGCUGUACGCGCAGGCGGCCUACCCGGGGGGCGGCGGCGGCGGCCUGGCCGGGAUGCUGGCGGCGGGUGGCGGCGGCGCGGGGCCAGGCCUGCACCACGCGCUGCACGAGGACGGCCACGAGGCGCAGCUGGAGCCGUCGCCGCCGCCGCAUCUGGGCGCCCACGGACACGCACACGGACACGCACACGCGGGCGGCCUGCACGCGGCAGCGGCGCACCUGCACCCGGGCGCGGGCGGCGGCGGCUCGUCGGUGGGCGAGCACUCGGACGAGGAUGCGCCCAGCUCGGACGACCUGGAGCAGUUCGCCAAGCAGUUCAAGCAGCGGCGCAUCAAGCUGGGCUUCACGCAGGCCGACGUGGGGCUGGCGCUGGGCACGCUCUACGGUAACGUGUUCUCGCAGACCACCAUCUGCCGAUUCGAGGCCCUGCAGCUGAGCUUCAAGAACAUGUGCAAGCUCAAGCCGCUGCUCAACAAGUGGCUGGAGGAGACCGACUCGUCCAGCGGCAGCCCCACCAACCUGGACAAGAUCGCGGCGCAGGGCCGCAAGCGCAAGAAGCGCACGUCCAUCGAGGUAGGGGUCAAAGGCGCGCUCGAGAGCCACUUUCUCAAGUGCCCCAAGCCCUCAGCGCACGAGAUCACCGGCCUGGCCGACAGUCUGCAGCUGGAGAAGGAGGUGGUGCGCGUCUGGUUCUGCAACCGGCGGCAGAAGGAGAAGCGCAUGACCCCUGCGGCUGGCGCGGGCCACCCACCCAUGGACGACGUUUACGCGCCUGGGGAGCUGGGGCCGGGCGGGGGCGGCGCGUCGCCGCCCUCGGCGCCCCCGCCGCCCCCGCCGGCCGCGCUGCACCACCACCAUCACCACACACUGCCCGGCUCGGUGCAGUGACCCUGCGGGCUGGGCCCCCGCCGGCGCGCAGCAGGGCGCGGGCGCGCAGCCCGCCCGCGCGGCCUGGACUCUUUUUGUUCGGUUGCUUUGGAUUUUACAAAAAGCCCAGAAACUUUCGAACAAAACCAAACACCCGGACGACCCUCUUCGGUGAUCGGCGAAGACGGCUUAUAGGCUGCGUCGCCCAAGCCCCAGGAGAGAGGAGCGAAGAUCCGGAACUUGCCAACUCACCCCGGGCAUCCCGCCCGCCGCCUGCUCUCUGCCCCCAUCCCCUCGACGACCCCCGCCCCUGCCCCUCGGGCUGUUCGGGGCCGGAUCCCGGCAGCGGCCUCCCCACAGCGACAGGUAACGCGGUGCAGGGUGAGGGAUUCCCCGGGAGAGAGGACGGAAAGAGGAGAGUUCCCCAUCCCUCUCCCCGCGUGGACUCCCGAGCCUGCGGGUCACGGGUGGGGGGCAGACACUCUAUUCGCUCCACGCCUCUUCUCUCCUAUAAGGAUGCGCCCCACCCCUCUUUCCCCUUUCUCCGGGCUUGGUUUUUUACGGUUUUUAUUUAUUCGUGGAGCCUCUCGGCUCCUGGGGUCCUUCUAACUCCGCCCGCGCCCUUAAUUUAAAUCGCUGUAUACUGUAUUUAUCGGGGCCCUGGAGGGGAGGUCGCGAGAGCCGCGUCUGUGUAUAAAAGCAGGAAAUAGCCAAAGCUUUAAUCUAGCCUAAUUUAUUUUUUCCCCUUAUCUUCCCCUACCUUCCCCCAAAAAAGCAAAAAAAAAAAAAAACUAACAAAAAAAAAAUCGAGUGUUCAUUUUUCGUUUCGUUUCAUCCGAGCCCGGGCUUGGUUCCCGGCCACGCCGGAGGGGUCUGCGCUCCCACACACACCCAGAUGGGAAGGGGCUUCUGCCCCGCUGCAGACUGACCACCGCACAGCGGGGCCCCUGCUCCCCGCGGGGCCCUGCCCUCCUGGCCGUAACAAACGAAACUUGGAAAAGUUGGAGAUAUUUUUUAACCAGCUGUAGAAAUAAGCCCUUCCCUGAGAACCUUCUGCCUGACUCCCUGCGGCUUCCCUCUGCUCCCUUUUCCAGCUCCCGAGGAUGCGGGACGCUGGGGGAGGCCGGGAGAAAAAUCCCCCAAGUUUGGGGUGAGGUGGGAACCAUGUAAAUAUGUGAGAUAUGUACACACUGGUGGGGAGAAGAAACAUUUUGUGCUUGGUUUUUAUUUUUGGUUUUCCGAGUUGCCCUUCCUCCCCUCCUAAAGGAUUUUGUACACCGACUAAUCCGAAAAAGAUAUUUUAAUAUGAUUUCCGGAUUUCUGACCCAUCUCUAUUUAUUUUCUGGAUGUGUUUGGAGCUUCCCCUCUUCUCCAUUUCUUCUUCUGUUUGUUAUGGUAUGAAUUUAAAUUUUGUUAUUUUAUUUUUUAUUAUUUUUUGAAACAAUGUUUCGGUGCAUUCUCUUUGUAUCUUUAUUGCAAAAAAAAAAAUAAUGUAGACUGGGAAGUUCCCUUUAUAUUUAUGUUAUAGUAAAUAUUUUAUUACUCACAUAAACAUGUACCCCA